AUGGUGUGUGAAUCGGUCAGGAAACUGUUCCACCAAGUCAUCGACGAUAUUCGCACCUUAUAUGAGAAUGUGACGUCGGACACGUUUGCGGACAGGUACCUGCACCGGCAGUUCGGAAGCGGACAGAGACAGAGGGAGCGAGUUGACGGUGCCACAGCGCCCCCUGGUGAUUGCCAGUCAGUCGUCAGUGAAACGGAGGCCAGAGUUGAUCUGAAGAGAGACUCCUUGUCCUGUUCCAUCUGCUCUCAACACGAUAAGGUGAAGGAGACUUUCUGUCGUACUGAGCAGGCAGCAGCCGUGUCAGCCAGCAGAGAGCGACUCCAGGACCUUCUGAGAGACACCUGCACCAACAUCUCACUGAUGCUCGGAGGAGAGCCCAAGACCAGAGCUGAGUUCCUCAGGUUCUCACGGGACAUCACUCUGGAUCCAAACACUGCUCACGCAGAGUUGUUGUUGUCUGAAGGAAACAGGAAAGUGACUUAUUUGUGGAAAGAUCAGUCUCCUCCUCAUCAUCCAGACAGAUUCACUGACUAUUUUCAGGUCCUGAGUAAAGAGCCUCUGACUGGACGUUGUUACUGGGAGGUGGAGUGGACAGGAGAAGUUGCAGUAGCUGUCUCAUACAAGAGCAUCAGCAGAUCAGGAGGAGAAAGUGAAUUUGGAUAUAAUGACAAAUCUUGGUCUCUAUAUUGUCACAGCUCUGGUUGUUCAUUCACACACAACAGCAUCAGAACUCAAGUCCCCACAGCUCCACCCUCCAGAGUGGGAGUGUACCUGGAUCACUCUGCAGGUCUCCUGUCCUUCUACAGCAUCUCUGAAACCAUGACCCUCCUCCACAGAGUCCACACCACCUUCACUCAGCCUCUACAUGCUGGGGUCGAGGUCUGGUCCUCCUCAUGUGAGAUCCUGAAGCUGAACUAAACCACAGUGUGAGCUGUGUCUCACAAACUCUUCCUGCUGGUUGUUGACUUCUUUCCUCUCCAGCAGUGUGUUUGUGUCCUUCUGUGUGUCAUGAUUGUUGGGCUCUAAACACUUGUGUCUGUGUGUGUGUGUAAUAAUGAUCCCACUUUAUUCAUAUCAAUGUUCCCAAAGUGCUUUUACUGGCAAAACUGCUCUUCAACUGUUCAUCAUGGCAGAGUCUCGAGGAGCUGGUUGUUUUCACCCUGAGAAAACACUUUAACAUGAAUGUGGAAACUGAUCACGUACAUUAUGUAAACAGCCGUUGCUCAUGAUUUUUUCAAGUA